UGGGCUCAACCGGAAGUCACGUAGUACACUUAAGAGUUCAGUGAAGCAUCUGGGAGCAAAACACCAGUUAGCUAAAUUUCAUUGAGCAUCAGAGAGCAGAGGAGGCUAAUAUACACCCACACAGAACACGGGAUGUUUUAGGAGCUGUGACCUUUGCAUUCAUCAGUCUGUGUCUGUGAACAGGCGCCAUAAUGAACCCCGUGUACAGCCCUGCACCAACAGGGGUCCCCUUCACCAACACCAAGGGUCUCAGCUACCCAGCUGGAUUUCCUGUCGGCUAUGCAGCAGCUGCUCCUGCGUACAAUCCGAACGUCUACGCCGGAGCAAACCCCGCCUUCCCCAGCGGUUAUGCUCCAGGUACUCCUUUUAAAAUGUCCUGCUCCCCCAACACGGGGACUGUCCCCCCGUACUCUUCCUCCCCCAGCCAGUACCCCGCUGCUGUGUACCCGGUCCGGAGCACCUACGGGCAACAGAGCCCCUACGCACAGGCACUCAUACCUUCACAACAGCAGGGCGCUUACUACACACAGCCUCUGUACGCUGCUCCGCCGCAUGUCAUCCACCACACCACCGUGGUCCAGCCCAAUGGGAUGCCUGCAGCUAUGUACGCUCCCUCCAUCGCUCCGCCCCGCCCCAACGGUGUCGCCAUGGGGAUGGUAGCCGGCACUACCAUGGCCAUGUCGGCAGGAACGUUGUUGACGUCUCCCUCACCAGCGCCCGUUGCCCCCCACCAAGUCACGAUGCCCACAUAUCGGCCCCCUGGAACCCCCAGCUACAGCUACGUGCCCCCCCAGUGGUGAACAGAGGGAGGACUCUGAUUGGUCGAUAUGCAUUCACAAUCUCCUCCAGUGUUUGUGGCUCUCGGUGAGGACCGCCCUGCCAGCGUCUGCACCGCUUACUCUUCUUCCAGCAUAAUGUGAAUCUAAACCCAACUCCAUUCAGACAGGAGGGGGUGGAGAAAAGUCCCAUCACCCCACCCCCUGUUCAGCGCCAGCACCUCCUCCACCUGCUGCAUCUCUCACCUCCAACAGCACCGCCUCCAUGUGGACAAUCUGCAGGUUUUGAUCGCCUCAUCAGAGAAAAGGGAGUUUGUUUUUUUUAUGAUUUGUGGAAACGUCUGAGGUUGAAUGCAUGUGUAUUUAUCGAUAUACGACGUACCGCUCGCUCAGACUACCUGCUGCGACAGAUGCAAACUAAAGGCACACAUCCAAAGGAACUAAACAUUAAUAAUCUGCAGAGCUAAGUCAGUGAGCAUGUCGACAAACCUUUGUUCAUGCAAACACACUCACAGACACACACAGACACACACACAAGCUGUGCUACAUUCACGUCUCUGUGUUCUUAAUAAGCUAUGCUCAGUUUUGAUUAUUUGUCAGAUCUGUCUGUAUUUUAGAAAAGGAUCAUUCCAGCGCUCUGUCACUCUGCGUUUGAUUGCUUCUGCCUGUCAGACGUCUCACAGAAAGAACGUCAACUUCUGCUGAAGUGAUAUCAACGUAUUCUGAAUGUGAGAGUAAGGUUGAUGGGGAAUGAGGAGAGGGAGAUGUUGGAAAGAGGAAUGAAAGAAGAGGAAUGAUAGAGUGUGAAUGUGUUCAAGAUGAAAGUGGAGCCGUGCAGAACGAGGUGUGGAGAAUCUCUGACCUGAUUAAUGGUCACUUAUUAGUCAGGUGUGACGCUCUCCAUCAUUAAAGCUAAAUGUGGAAACUGUUUGUGAAAAUCACUACUGAAGCAGGCUCCGCCUCCAUCGCUCGCUGUUUGCCCUCCAGGCUCAGCGUUCUUAUAUCACGUCUGCAGACAUCGUCGCCUCCGUUCAAUAACAUGCAAAUGUUAUUUUUGUGGUUUUGGUUCUUGUUUUGUAUUCUUAAGAAAGACCAAAAAUAAAAACAAAUAUUAGAAGAA